AUGGAAGAGACGUCGCGCAAUCAUCAUGACCAUCCUGCGCGCGACCCGUCCUCACGCGUGGCCAUUGCAGUAUGUGGCUGUGGCAAUGACGGUCGCCUUGGCUUAGGGGAAUGUGAAUCACAAAGUCGCAUUACACUCCUCCCUUUUUUUUUGGAGAGCGCACUUCACAAGAAAAAUAGCAAUGGGAGCGAGGGAAAUGGCACUGAAGAAUUAAUAGGCGGUAUCCGCGCAGUGCGUGUCGGUGGAUAUCACAAUUUUGUCAUCACCACGACGGGCGUGUAUGGGUGGGGUCUAAACGAAAAUGGCCAGCUUGGUUUGGGGAGCCACUCUGCGGCGUGUGUGCCGCUUCCCACCCGCAUUCCCUUUUUUAAUGAAAUGACCGUUAUAGACAUUCAAUGUGGUGCCUACCACACUUUUGCAUGGACCACAAAUGGGCUUUUUGUGUGUGGAAAAAAUACUGAUGGGCAGCUUGGUUUACCAGGUGAGGAGGAUCACUUCUCAUUUACGAUGUUGCUGACGGCUGCGCAGGCCAACAACAGCAGCGUCAGGGAGGAUGAAGAAAGUGGCGGGUGCCGUCUUAUUCAACGGGGUCAGCUGACACAUAUGAGCUGCGGUACGCACCAUACGCUUCUUGCGUUCCGUGAUGUAUUUGUGGUGAAAGAAAUUCAAGACGAGACGCAGCAACAGCACUACCAGCUUCUUAUCGCGGCGGCGGGGAAGGGGGAUUUUGGUGAACUCGGCUACGACGGAGACAUGUGGUCUGUACUAGAGGCUAAAACAAAGGCUAUGCAAUCCGCACUGUGCCAUGGGUUACGGCGGCAGCAGGAAGAAAAGGAUUCUGACGCCGCUAUGCGUAUCUCCCUUGAGAAGAGUUGGAAGCCAUUGAAACCUCGUCGAGCCGUCUUUUCCUCUUGGUGCUUCCAACCGGUGCGUCUCCCCAUUCUACUUGAUCCAAUUGAGGCACCAUCGGAUAAGCCCACUUGUGAAAUUGUGAGCCUUCAUGCAAUGCACUUGCAUUCCGCAGUGGUUCUACGCGAUAAUUCUGUGGAGUCACGGUCCGGUGGUGUCGGUCGCAAGCGAACCUUUCACUGGGGCUGCUACUACCUCAAUGUUUUGGAGGAUGACGCCUCCUCUAUUCCGCGUGAAGAAGAGAGAGAAGAAGUUUCUCUGCACGCAGGCAAUGAAUCACUGUUCCGCUACUCCACUUCGGCCUCCACCUCCCACGCCGCGGUAGAGGUGAUAGGGAGCGGCGUGCUUGGGUUGGGCGAAGAGGAUUCAUUUGUGAAGUCUUGGACCCCGUUGCCGCUCCCUCAAGAGGCAAAAAACCUUUGCGUCCGAGCCAUCACUGGGAGGGAGCAUUAUCUUAUCCUGCUAGAGGAUACCCUUGUUGUUGGAUUUGGCGAUAAUAUGCACGGGCAACUUGGAGCUGGAUGUGUGGAGGAUGUCGUGUUGGAUCCCACUGUCGUUCUUCGAGCCGGUGACGCCGUGAGAAGUCCUGCGUCGUUGGCCGGGGAGGGACUUUGGAGGGUGGAGGCCAUUCACGAUGCAGCUUGUGGUGCACGUCAUUCCGUUUAUCUCUUGAAGAUUUCUCUAGUAACUUCUGCGGAAUCCAGCUCCACACCUCGUGGGUAA